UAUUUUGUAGGGAGGGUUGGUAAGCAGCGACUACGAGAUGCUCAAAUGCUGGCAGCUGAUUACCUGAUUCUAUUGCUCGCUGGAGCCAUCUUAGGGACUCUUGGUAAAGUGAAGGAUGAAACGUUUGGGGCCCAUGGCUAUAUGUAUACUGUCAUUGCUGUUUCACUGCUAUGCAAAAUUUCAGCAUUGAGAACCUUUUCUCUGGACAAAUUACAGUACUGGAGAGAGAGUGCAUCCGGGAUCAGCAGUCUGGCUCAUUUUCUGUCCAAAGACACAUUGGACCAUUUCAAUACAAUCGUCAAGCCAUUGGUUUAUCUAUCCAUGUUCUACUUCUUUAACAACCCAAGGUCAUCCUUUCAGGACAAUUACGUUGUUUUGCUUUGCCUUGUCUACUGUGUGACGGGCAUAGCUUAUGCAAUUGCCAUCUACCUUGAUCCUAGUCCUGCCCAACUGUGGUCCGUGCUUCUUCCUGUUGUUUCGACCCUCAUUGCAAACCAAGCGAAAGAUAAUUUAUUAGCGAAGCAUGUAGCAAAUUUUUGCUACACAAAGUGGGCACUAGAGGCCUUUUUCAUUGCAAAUGCUGAAAGGUACUCCGGGGUGUGGCUGAUCACUCGCUGCACCGCAUUAUCAAAACGAGGCUUCAACCUCGAUGAUUGGACACUUUGUCUGAUCGUCCUCAUCGCCAUUGGCGUGCUUAGCCGUAUUCUGGCUUUCAUUCUGAUGGUGACUUUCCAAAAGAAGUAGCGUUUUUGUGCCAAGUCAAAUUUCAAUAGCCUUGUAAUUUGUAUGAUAGUCACCGAUCAGAAGUGAAGCAAAAGAUGUUUAGCAACAGGAAUUGAUGGCAGGCUAACGCUGUGACCAGAAACUGCUCUAUAUAUUCAUAAAUUAUUACCAAAUUUUCCUCAAGAUUAAACCUAUUUGUACAAAAGAGCCAUUGAAGUUCAUUAUAGAAAGAUUAUAAAAACCAGUCUUGUGUACAUUUUGAUUCGAGAGCCAAUGGAAAUAUACAAACUAGUGAUGUAGAAAUCACAUUUACAUCUCA